UUCAAACAUUCAGAUUUGAAUCAAGUUGUCUCAAGUGCAGCGUAACUAAUCGGCGAAUAGUAACAGGAAUGCUCAUUUUCUGAUGCUUAACUAUUAAGCACUGUGGACCUUUAUCUGCGCCAUACGAGUCAUUUUCAAUUUCGGAGAGCAGGAGUUGAGAAUGGAGCCUCACAAUAUCCCACCCGAUGAUGACCAUCGCCAGGGCUAUAUAGCGGCCAUUGUCGUCGUUACCACUAUAUCGGUCAUUAUCGCAUGGCUCCGAAUGUACACCCGCAUCUUCAUAAGUAGGAAUGCGUGGUGGGACGACUGGAUAAUGUUCAUAUCAUCGUUCCUUCUCAUCCUUACGAACGGUAUCUUAGCCACGUCAUUUCAACUCGGAUUGGGGCGACACAUUUAUUAUGUCCCUAAAGAACAAAUACCGGAAUGCUUCAAAUGGCUGUGGGCGGCCGAACCGACCAAUCUCUUCGCUCUUUACGCAGUUCGGCUUUCCAUCGCGCUCUUCUUCCUUCGCCUGAUCCCAAAGCACCACAAGGUUUUUCGUCGCAUUAUCUGGGGUUCGAUAUAUGCUCUCACAAUCGCGGACAUCUACGUGACAAUCAACUACUUCAUCCAGUGCAGGCCAUUGAAAAAGGUCUGGCUACCAGACACACCGGGCGAGUGCCUGACAGAUGCGCUGUAUGCUGCUGCGCCGUGGUUGUACCAAGCCGUUUCAAUCAUCGCAGACCUGGCCUUGGUUUCAAUCCCAAUAAUGAUGUUCAAGAGUUUGAACUUGCCGAAAAAGACUAAAAUUGGUGUCAUCGCAUUGUGUUGCUUGGGUAUCUUCACUUGCGCAAUUGCAGUCGCUAAAACGGCUCUUUUGCCCGCUUUGUUCGAUCAUGAAGAGAAGGAUAAGACAUGGACUCUGGCUCAACUGUGCUUAUGGGCAGGGAUGGAGAUAUGUGUAGGCAUGAUCUGUGGGUCUUUGCCCUGCUUGAAGCCCCUCUAUCAUCAUAUCAGAGGUGAUCGAAGGACUUCAUCUCAUAUACCCUCUUCGUACGGAUCUGGUAGUGGUGAACCCACGUCACGAUCUAGGAAGAGCAAAUACGACAUGAACAUGUCAGUACAUGUUGAUAAUCGUUCGAGGUCCGAGGAUUCGAUCCUCCCAAAGAAGCCUUCGGAUGAAGACAUUGAGCUUGGAUCCUUAGAGAAUCACCGACAAGAGAGCGAUUUGGUUACUCCAAUGAACACACUAGAUGGACAUGGAGCGGGCAUCUUGAGGACAACUCGUGUCGAUUUCAAGACCGAGGUUGCUCGUCCGAUUUGAGUUUAUUCUUCAUCUAUCUCAUUCUAUAGAGCUAUAGUUGACAUACCCAUUUUCGUUAUGAUGGCAAUCAAUAUCUGCAAGCAA